AUGACCCCCACCCUCACGUGUACGCUCCCUGCAGCUGCUUUCCUCGCAACCCCUCACUCUUGGAAGACAUCAGCAUCAGCAUCGUCUGGCAUGGUGGCAUGCCCAUCAUCGCACCUGUCUCUGCCUCCUAUUGUGGACCUGCUUUCGCACGAGGAUGAUGUGUUGCUGGACGGACUGUCACUCCUCGCCUCCAUAUCAAAUCAAAUCAAACGCCUCUCCAACCAAUCGAGAGGCUUAGCAGCUGUGGCAACACAAGAGCCAGAAGUGCCUGUAGCGGGUGCUGCUAUGAUUCCAGUAGCGGCGCCGGCAUUGGUCGCAGAAGAUCGGGCAGAACAAGCAGAACGGGCAGCUCGGGCAGCAGAAAGGGCAGUAGAACGGGCAGCACAAGCAGCAGAGGCAGCAGCAUCUACGGAGGGGGACAUCUUGCAGGGGUGGUGGGAGACAUUGAGGGAGGGGGAUAUCCUGGUGUGUUGGUUGCAGCAGAUGGGCUUCGAUGCCACGGCUGUUGUUGACCUUCUCAUGCAGCCCGCCACUGCUCCCUCCUGCCUUCGCCUGCUGCUGCUGUGCCUGCCUGCAGCAGCUGCCACGUGGAAGCACAUGAUUGGCCGUGCACUUUGGCUGCAAUGUGUGGGUUCAGCGUCAAGGGAAAUGAAAAAACAGUCGGAAAAUGGAAGGGAGAGGAGGCAGAGAGACCAGAAAGGAGGGAGUGUUGGAGAGGAAUGGAGUGAAGGCGAGGGGGAGGGUCAAGGAACGAGUGAGAGUGAGGGAGAAGAAUGUAGGAGAGGGGCGGAGGAAGAAGAAGGGGUGAGUGCUGAGGAGGAGUGCAGCAGUGAGGGAGAGGAAGAGGAAGGCAGUGAAGGGCGGGAGGAGCCUAGCAGUGAGGAAGAGGAAGUGGGAGAGGAAGUGGGAGAGGAAGUGGGAGAGGAAAUGGGAGAGGAAGUGGGAGAGGAAGUGGGAGAGGAAGUGGGAGAGGAAGUGGGAGAGGAAGAGGGAGAAGAAGAGGGAGAGAGCAUUCGAAAAACGUUCAAGCGGCAGCUGGAGGAACAGGUGGAGGGGAGGGAGCGGAUGAGGAAGAGUAGGGUGGAGAGAUUGGGGUGUGGUGGUGGUGACGAGGAAUGGUGGCCGCUUGAUAUGACUGAUGGUUGGAGGAAGGAAAGGAGGGAAAGGGGGGGAGAGGACGAGGAAGAGGGAGGAGAGCAGAAUGACAGGGAAGAUGAGGAAGAGGAGGAAGGAGGAGACAAGGAAGGAGAGGAGAACCAGGAGGAAGAGGAAGGAGAGGAGGAAGAGGAGGGAGAAGGAGUGAAUGAUGAUGACAUGAAAGUGGAUCAGAUGGAGCUGACAGAUUCUGCUGUAGUAGUCACACCGUCUACAGUCGUGUGCUCCCCAGCAGGAGUAUCACAAUCCGCAGUGGUGGAUUCUCUCCAGUGCAUCGCUCAGCUGCACUCGCAACUCUCUCGCCUGCAGCACCUGGGGCUGUUCCCCUACAACGUGCAGCCACUGCUGAUCAGGUAA